AUGCCUGUUAACGAGGAAACUCCAUCAUUGGAUAAUUUGUGUCAAAAAUUUAACAACGCCUUUGUUAAUAUUUCAUCCAACUUUUCCCCGCUCGAUCAUUGCCCGAAUAGCCCUUCUAUUCAUGUUCCUGAUGAGCUGUUAGUUUCAAGUAACGAGGUCUUUUGUGAUCUAUCGCACAUCAAAUCCCGCUCAGCAAUUGGUCCUGACGGUAUACCCAACCGGGUCCUAAAAGACUUUGCUUUCGAAUUGGCCCCAGUUUUGGCGGUUAUUUAUAAUUCCAGUAUGAAGCAAGGCAUUUUCCCAGAACAGUUGAAGGCAUCGAUCGCUAUCCCAUUACCUAAGUGUCAUCCCCCUAAAGAAAUAAAUUCAGACCUACGUCCAAUAUCGUUGACUAACCAAGUUGCUAAGAUUAUGGAGGGUUUCACACUUAAAAGGUUAUCCGACGAUUUACUUCCUAUGCUGGACCAAUUUCAGUUUGCUGUUAAGGGAAAAUCUACGACUCAGGCCCUCGUCUAUUUAAUGCAUACAAUUCUGGGCCAUUUGGAAACUGGUGGUUGCUCUAUCCGGCUUUUUUUUUCGAUUUUGCAAAGGGCUUUGAUCUAGUCGACCAUAGCGUUCUCCUAUCAGAACUGAAUUGCUUUGGGGUGAAUCCAGUUCUCCAAAACUGGGUUUCAGCCUUUUUGUAUAAAAGAUCUCAGUGUGUUAGAAUUGGGAGUUCCAAUUCCGAAUACAGAUAUCUUAUUGGUGGAAUUCCUCAGGGGAUGAAGCUUGGCCCAUUGUUAUUUGCCGUGCUCGUCAACUCGUUAAUAAAUUCAUGGCACUAUCGAGUUAAAUUUGUUGACGACCUGACCUCACUGGAAAUAAUUCCUCGUAACUCUCCAAGCCUUACGCCUUUUUUAGUUAAUGAGGUUAACCAGUAUGCUAGUACUAGGCAUAUGAGAUUGAAUCCGAAGAAGUGCAAAGAAAUGCGUAUCUGUUUUCUUAAGUAUAGAUCACCAAUUGGUGGUCAGCUGUUAAUUGGUGGUCAUCAAGUGGAUUUGGUUAAGCAUUUCAAAUUGUUGGGAGUUUAUAUGUCAGAUGAUCUAUCUUGGAACAAACAUGUUGGUUAUAUUACUAAGAAAGGUUUCAAACGGUUAUAUAUAUUGAGACAAUUGAAAAUUGCUGGCAUAUCAGAUAAAGACCUGGCUCUCAUUUACAUUUCUCUUAUUCGAUCAGUGCUUGAGUAUGCUGCCCCCGUUUGGGCAUCUUACCGCAGUACCUAUCUGAUGAUAUCGAAUCCGUUCAACGAAGGGCAUUAA